CCCAUAUUUUAUAUACUACGAUAAACACUAAAAGAUAAAAUGCUUGAUCCCACAAAAUUUAUUAAGGCGUUUAUUCUGAUCUACCUCCUAAAAUUGACGGGUCAUAAGAAAUAACAAACGCAGAGCUACUGAAAAAAUAACGUUUUAUUUAGACAGAAUAAUGACUCCUUGAGAAAGAAUAAUAAAUAAAUUUUAAAAUAAAUUCAAAUCGGGAGACAUUUGAACAGGGUUUCAUAAGAGAUAAGAAAAUCUUUCGUAUUUGAUCAUCGAUGUUUCUGGAAGCUGUGUUAGAACUUUUCACUACGCAAAUGCAGAGAGCCGUAAGCACGAUUCUUAUAGCGCCUGCACGGACAGAGCAGCUGUCCCUUUAAAUUUUCCCAAAAGCCCCUUAAAGAGCCCUAGGGGCCCAAAACCCGCUCCUCACUCAAAAUAGCGGCAGUGUUUUUGAAAAGCGGCCAGGGACCACUUUAUGUAUCAGAAAACGAACGGAGCUCGCUUCUGCACGGGCGAUCGGAGAGAAACUAAACUAAGUUGCCGAGGUUCGGACGGGCGCAGAGGGGCGCUGCGCAGUGUGUGUGUGUGUGUGUAUUUAACUGCACGCCACUUUGGUACCGCCAGCUGGCCUUAGCAUGUCGUUGUGACCGCGGCAUUAUGCCCUGAUACUCGGUAUCUAUAUAGUAAUAUAACCAAUAAGUAAACUGGGCAGCACAGCAAAGAAAAUCGGACGCGUCGGUGCACAUGUGCGAACCGCUCCAAGCACCGGAAAGGAUCGGACACAAGUGACCCAGGACCCUUUGCAGCUUGGGUCCAGAGCCUGAAUGGACGACAUUGCCAUAAAUGGACAUGAAGGGGCGGAGACAGGGGCGGGCGCAGCGAGCUUCACGAGCCCAUCGGAGUUACCCGAGUCUCAUGGGUCACCGCGGUGUGACUGGGGCCCCAAUCAGGCGAGGAGGAAGGGGCGUGUCCAGGGCCGAGACCACCGGCGGAACUACCAGGAGCAGUGGCGGGCGGAGUUCCUGAUGGAGUUUGACGCGGCGCGCGGUGUCAUGCUGUGCAUGGUGUGCGGCAGCUCGCUGGCCUCGCUCAAACUCAGCACCAUCAAGAGGCACAUCCAGCAGAGGCACCCCGACACGCUGCUGUGGGCCCCCGCCGACAAGCAGCUGCUGCUCUGCGACUGGGAGGCCGCGCACACACCCAGGGGCUCCGCCGGGGGCCCGGGGCCCGAGAGUGAAGGUGUCCCACCGAAGGCAGAGCCAGCACCCCAGGAGCCACAGCCUGCGCAGCCCGUGUCGGGAGGGGUUCGCGACCCGCUGGCCCAAACGCUGGAGCGCUACGCCAACGACACGCUGCGUGCCUGGCUCCGGCAGGAGUUCCUCAUGGAGUACCGUGCGGCGGAGGGCCGGCUGCUCUGCAUGGUGUGCGGAGCCCAGCUGCCUGCGCCGCAUCUGCAGCACGUCAAACUGCAUGUGCUGCAGCAGCAUCCUGACUCACUGGUGUACAGCUCCGAGGAGAAGCACCACAUCCUGCGGGGCUGGGGUGAGCGGAGGCGGGGGGGUGAGCAGGAGAGGGGCAGGAGCACGCCUCACCUGAAAGCCCUGGUGCCCUGAAACUGGACCACGAGCCCCCAGCUGAAGAUCUCAGAGGCGUGCCUUCCGACGCUGCUUCGGGCUCCACACAAUGCUGGGGGUUUGGCAACGCUGUGGAGUAGCAGGUGCGAGCGGGCCACCCCCCCCCCCUCCACUGAGGGUCAGACCUCGUCUGCAUUUCCAGGUAUCGGCACAGACAGCUAAGGCAGCCGAUGCCUUAGACACACGAGCAGCAGAUGGACUGGCAGACCCGGGACAGUGAAGGCGGGGGCCUCCUGGCUGCGACGGUCAGAACCCCCCCCCUUGGAGUUUGAUCGGGAAGAGGACCAAAGAGGCUGCGCCCAUGACAGCACCAGUUACCCAGUAAGAAAUGGGGGCACACAGCCCCCCCAACAGGAAGGACAAAUAUAAUUAUUAGGGGGAGAAAAAGUUACACAGCCCCCCCUCCUGUAGCAGGUGGUUUAUUCUGACCUGUGACUGUUUGGUUUUAAAUACAAGGGGGGGGUGCUUUUUUGGACAACCAUCUUUUGGGCUAGAUAAUAAAAAGAAUCAGUCUGUUAAUCUUA